AAUGGUCUUUAUCAAAUCUCUUACACCACACUUUCCUUCUUCCAACCACUUCUUUGUUUCCUUCUUCUUCAUCUUCUGAUCUUACCUUGUUCUUUCAUCGCUUUUCGAGACAAUGUCGUCGGAGAAAGAGAGGGAAACUCAUGUCUACAUGGCCAAGCUUGCCGAACAAGCCGAACGCUACGAAGAAAUGGUGGACUGUAUGAAGAAAGUUGCGACGCUUGAUGUUGAGCUCACUGUCGAGGAGAGAAACCUGCUUUCGGUUGGGUACAAGAAUGUGAUUGGUGCCCGGAGAGCUUCUUGGCGCAUAAUGUCAUCUAUUGAGCAGAAGGAAGAGUCGAAAGGCAAUGAGUCGAAUGUUAAGCUGAUCAAGGGCUACCGCCAGAAGGUGGAGGACGAGCUCUCCAACAUCUGCCAUGACAUUCUUUCUAUCAUCGACAAGAAUCUGGUUCCUGCUUCUACCUCUGGAGAAGCUACUGUGUUUUACUACAAGAUGAAAGGGGACUACUAUCGCUAUCUUGCUGAAUUCAAGACGGACCAGGAAAAGAAAGAUUGCUCCGAGCAAUCCAUGAAAGGCUACGAGGCUGCUUCUGAAACUGCCAAUAAAGAACUCCCCUCAACGCAUCCAAUCCGUCUAGGGCUUGCUCUGAACUUCUCUGUCUUCUACUACGAGAUCAUGAAUUCUCCUGAAAGGGCUUGCCAUUUAGCGAAACAAGCUUUUGAUGAGGCGAUUGCUGAGCUCGACACCUUGAGUGAAGAAUCCUACAAGGACAGCACUUUGAUUAUGCAACUGUUGAGAGACAAUCUCACUCUGUGGACCUCUGAUUUACCUGAGGAUGGAGGCGACGACAAUGCUGCCAAAGGAGAAGAGUCCAAGACCGAAACCAAAGACGGUUCCGAGACAUAAACAUAAUGGCAAGAACCUCCAGUGCAGAUCAGUCUUUUGGGUCACAGAUCAGAUCAUAGCCUUUAAUUUCUCUAAAUCUGCUUCUGCUUUAGUUCCGAUUUAUGCUUACAUAAGUAUUUCCAGUUUAGCAACUUCAUGUUCUACCAUAACUAUGUAUAACUCAUUAUAUUUUUUAACCUUCUGAGAGUCUUUGACCUAAGGAAAUCGAUUUUAAAUCUUCUGGUAU